AUGGCUAGAGAAAGCACAGCUCUGGACACCCAAUCUGCAGAGGACCGGAUGGGGCUUCUGGUCAUUAAGGUGGAAGAGGAAGAGGCCAGUUCACCUGGCAGCCCUGCUUUGGCCUUAGAGUGUUUCCGCCAGCGUUUCCGAGGCUUCCGCUACUUGGAGGCUCCGGGGCCCCAUGAGGCACUGAGCCGGCUCAGAGAGCUCUGCCAACAGUGGCUACAGCCUGAGAUGCACAGCAAGGAGCAGAUCCUGGAGCUGCUGGUGCUGGAGCAGUUCCUGACCAUCCUGCCGGGGGACCUGCAGAGCUGGGUGCGGGAGCAGCAUCCGGAGAGCGGGGAGGAGGUGGUGGUGCUGUUGGAGUAUUUGGAGAAGCAGCUGGAGGAGCCGAUGCCACAGGUCCCAGAUGGUGAUGAGGGGCAAGAACUGCUCUGUUGCAAGAUGACACUAUUGACACCAGCCCAGGGGGCACAAAGCAGCCAAUUUCAGCCAAUGAAGGCUCUGCUCAAGCAUGAAUCUUUGGGAUACCAGCCCUUAGAAGACAGAGUUUUCCAGGUUCCUGGGUUUGCUCAAGGAGGGCACUGCAGAGAAGACACAGACGUAGCUGCCAGGCUCACUCCUGAGUCGCAGAUGUUGCUAAAAAUGGAAGAUAUGGCCCUGACCCUCACCCCUGAGUGGACACAGCAGGGUUCAUCUCAGGGGAACCUCUACAGAGAUGAAAGGCAAGAAAAAUGUGGCAGCCUGGCCUCCCAGGGUGGUGAGACUAAAAUCAGGGACUUGCCUCCCGCUGAGGAGCUUCCAGCAAAACAGCCUGAGCAGAUACUGUGCCACCUGGGUGCAGACACUGCCCAGAUUCCUACAUAUGCUGAAGCUGGUGAACAGGAGGGCAAGCUGCAAAGAAAGCAGAAAACUGCCACAGCGGGGAGACGGCACGUCUGCCAUGAAUGUGGAAAGAGUUUUGCUCAGAGUUCAGGCCUGAGUAAGCAUAGGAGAAUCCACACUGGAGAAAAACCCUACGAAUGUGAGGAGUGUGGCAAAGCCUUCAUCGGGAGCUCUGCCCUCAUCAUUCAUCAGAGAGUCCACACUGGUGAGAAGCCAUAUGAAUGUGAAGAAUGUGGCAAAGCCUUUAGUCACAGCUCAGACCUUAUCAAACACCAGAGAACCCACACUGGGGAGAAGCCCUAUGAGUGCGACAACUGUGGGAAGACUUUCAGCCAGAGCUGUAGCCUCCUUGAACAUCAUAGAAUCCACACUGGGGAGAAGCCAUACCAGUGUAACAUGUGUGGCAAAUCCUUUAGACGGAAUUCACAUCUCCUGAGACAUCAGAGGAUCCAUGGCAAUAAAAAUGUUCAGACUCUUGAGCAUGGAGAGGUUUGGGAAAGUCAGGGUAGGAUGGAAAGCCAGUGGGAAAGUGUUGAAACUCCUGUGUCCUAUAAAUGUAGUAAGCAUGGGAGAAGUUUCACUCAGAAUACAGGACUUACUGAACAUCAAAAAAUCCACAAUGGUGAGAAACCUUAUCAGUGUGACACAUGUGGAAAAGGCUUCACCCGAAUUUCCUAUCUUGUUCAACAUCAGAAAAGCCAUGUUGGGAAAAGGAAUUCUAUCACAAUGACCCAUGCUGUACAUGGGGAAGUCGAUGCUCAUUUCUCAUUGAACUGA